AUGCUAGGACAGGGAAAGAAGUUGAAUGUGGUCGAUCGAAGGCCUUCUCCUAAGUUUCACUCUCUUGAACCCUCUGAAAUAAAAAAGAAAAAGAUACUGCUGACACCAAAGAGUGUUCACUCUCUGAAAUUGGAUUCCUCAAGUGACAAGAUGCCAGAGACAGAAAAGAAAAUGAAAUCUUCAUCUAAGAUCUUAGGAGGUGUAGAUGCAGGAGAGAAAUAUUUGAAGACGCCAACUCUUUCAUCUCCUCCAAAAUCUUCCUCUGUUAAACCUUUGAUCUUGAGGGUAAGAAGCAAUAAAAGCUUAAAAGUGCUGGCUCCUCUGAAGGACCAGAACAAGAUGCGGAGAUAUGGGACAAACAAACUGAACCUUGAAAUGGUUCCUGAGAAAACUUUACGUACUCCCAAAGUGAAAGCAACACCAAAGUCUUCAUCCCAUUUACAAUCACGUCCGUUGUCUAAUGAAGAAGAUAAAAAGGAAGUUGACAGUGCAUUGGGUAAAUACACCUCUAGCAGCAAAAAGCUGUUGCACAUAGCAAAGGCAGAAACUUUCAGGAGGGGCAAGAUAGUUGAUCUUUUGCAAGAAACCAGCAGCCCUGGGAGGCUGACAUUUAGAUGGGGACGACAUGUGGGUGAAAUCCAGGACAACAAUAUAAGAAAGAGAAUCUUUAAAAAUAAAGUAGUUGAUGGUGACAAAAGUAAUACCAUCCCUAUCUCUGGAAAAAUUGUUUUGAGGCAUCAGGAUGUGCAAGAAAAGAAAGAUGUGCAGGGUUUGUUAAAUAAUGUUAUUGAAGAGACGACGAGUAAGCUUGUUGAAACCGGGAAGAGCAAGGUUAAAGCUUUGGUGGGAGCUUUUGAGACAGUGAUUUCCCUCCACAAUAAACCUUCUGCU